UCCCCAACCCUGAUUCGACAGAAUAUUUAGAAAGAUGUAAAUCACGGUGACUCAAUAACUCAAUAGACAAAGCCAAAUGCCGGUCUGUCCACUUUGGACAUAAUCCUCAUAUUAUCACCGUCGAGGUUCGAACCUUGACCUUUUCUCCCAAAUACUGCCUACUGAAACAUUGAGCUAAACUCCUGUGGGCAGUGUUUAUAGAAAACAAAAAAUCACAUUAAUAACAUAUCUUCUAGUAAAUGGGGUAAUAAAUCAGAGGCCAACUUUUCUGAGACUAGGUUCAACCCUUCUCCACUGCAAAACCAAGUUUAAAAACCACACCAAACAACAUAAAUCCACUAUCUUUGCAGCAAUCCAUCCCUGAACCAAGAAAAAGUGACAAUGUCAUCCAAACACCAUCAGUCUAAGAGCCACAAGCUCAUCAUCUUCAUCAUCUUCCUUUUCAUCUUUCUCUGUAUAAUGAGACAAAGGCUCUCAGAUUCCAUCCCGCAAAGCCAAUGGCAUGAUCCCCAACCACAAUUGGAGAAAAUCCCACCCUCUCUAGCCGAUGCACUUGUCCACUACGCUACAGCAAACAGGACUCCCCAGCAAACCUUACAGGAAAUCUCCCUCACCAAAACAAUCCUCCAGAACAGAUCACCCUGCAACUUCCUGGUCUUCGGGCUUGGAUUCGACAGCUUGUUGUGGAAAUCCCUGAAUCACAACGGGCGCACUGUCUUCCUGGAAGAGGAUAGCGAUUGGAUAGAGCGCGUGAAAAGGAUGGGGCUUUCUUUAGAAAUCUACCAUGUAGAGUACGAUACUCAAGUUCAGGAAGCUGUGGAGUUGCUGGAGAACGGGAAGGAGGAUGAAGAGUGCAAGAAGGUGAGGGAUCCGAGAUCUUCCAAUUGCAGACUGGCACACAAGAAUCUGCCCAAGGAAGUGUACGAGACCGAAUGGGAUUUGAUCAUGGUGGAUGCGCCCAAGAGCUGGUCUAAAGAACUGCCUGGAAGAAUGACGGUGAUUUACACGGUUGGGUUGAUGGCAAAGAACAGAUCACCCGGGGCCAAAACUGAUAUCUUUGUGCACGAUGCUGAUAGGUGGGUGGACAACAAAUUUUCGAGGGCCUUUCUCUGUGAGGGAUACAUGAAGGGGCAAGUUGGGAUGCUUAGGCACUUCACUAUCCUCAGUCACAGGACUUCCUCCAAUCUACCAUUUUGUCCAUAG